AUGGAUUCCUCUUAUUGGAUUUGGGGUUUAUUAAUAUUUCUCUGUUUGAUGGGUUAAGUGAUUUGUGUUUAUAUGCUUGCAAAACCUGAUUCACCAAAAGAAGAUUCUGAUUAUCAUAUUUAGGCUGAAACUCCUGAAAAUUAACCUGAACAAGAGAAACCUUUGCAGACUAAUGAUUAAUUAUUUUGA